AUGUUGGAAGCGGCUGGCUCAAUGAAGCAGGACGUCAACGCUUCUGAGGGGAUGAUUCCGAUCGACGUCACGUCCAAUGUUUAUAUGGACCAGGGGGAGUUCGAAAGGAAAUCGGAAGAGUGGAUGAAAAACAACCAAGCAAGCGUACAGUCUGACAUGCAAUGGAUCCUCUUCGGUUGCUUCCUGUUCGCGAUAGGCACAGGUGUCCUGGUGUAUAGCGAAGUUCGAUACGUGCUCAUGACUCGCGAAUAUGACCUUUGUGUACAAAUCUCGAAGCCCAUUGAUGAAUCCCUGUCUGCUCAGAUGAGCGCUACUCAGAAAGUGCGGACGUACCUCAGCAUUGGCGCGAUUCUUGGGACAGUGGUGUCAUUGUGGAUCAUUCUCUUUCCCUUGUGCCAUCUCGCUACGGGGAUGUUGUCGUCAAUGGGUUAUGCCUUUCAAGGUUGCUAUGAGCUUGCGUUCAUGGUGGCGUUUGUCGUUGCGGCCGUGUGGUCUCUCUUUGUGAUCGGGUGCUGCUGGAUCUGCACUAGGCCCUGGACGGCCAUCUUCUGCCUGAUCGUCUCGUUUGUCGGCGAAGCUUCUCUGGAGACAGGACAGGCACCAGCUGUGCUCAUGUGGAUCCUUGCUUCGCUGCUGUCCGCAUACAUCUUCUUCACCUGGGCUCGAGUAAUUCUCAACGAGGACCCGAAGCCGGAUCCCGAGAGGAGCAAGCUUGUGUCGCAGGCAAAGGUUUAA